AUGACAUUCAACAAAGAGAUGGAGCAAGAUGCCCUGCUAUCUGAAGAAGCAGGAAGGUCUUCAUUUUCUGAUGCCAAUGCCGAGUCGCAGACUGAGACUUUUUCUUUUCAGCAAGCAUCCAGAGGGGCAUCUCGUCUAAAUUUGUUUCCGCGGAAAGCCAUCCUCAUACACACUUUUAUUUUCAUUGUCUAUACCGUAUUGUUACUAUUCGUCGUGGUCCCUAUUUUGACAUCUCAUGAAACGGGAUCUGAAGUUGCAUAUAACUCCAAUAUUCGUAUCACCGAGGAGGAAAUAAACCAUAUACCUGGCAGAAAGGAGCAGGCCAUCGAGCUACCCGAUGGCGGCUAUUUUGCGACUCUCAACGUUUAUCAUAAUCUUCAUUGUAUAAUUACUACUUGCCCAAUAUCACUCAAGAACAAAAGAGAGCAAAUGAGCACCACAAUCAUCAUUGCUUAG